UGCCACUCGUGUUGUCAAAAUGAAAUGUUUACAAUGAGAAUUAUCAUCAUUGUUUUACGUGUAUUUAAACACCAAAAAUCGUUUUAGUUAGUCGGUGAGAUGUCGGGGUUCAGCUCAGAGCUCAUUGACUACCUGGAGGGAAGGAUUUCAUUCGAGGACUUUGAAAUACGGAGAGAGGAAAGAAAAGCUAAAUUGAAGGUAUCGAACAAAGGACGUUUAGAGGAAGAUGAAGAGAUUGGACCAGAUGACACUCUCCCCAGCACUUCCCACGGCCGCAGUCCGAGAAAAUGUUCCAAAAAACGGCCCGCAGCGGAUCCUGAGGAAGGUGUCAGCCCCUCUGUCCAGGAGGCCUUUGCCUCGAUGAUGGGGGAAGGAACAGAGACUGAACAGACUGAGGAAGAGGAGGAGGAGGAGGAUGAAGACAACGAUGACGAUUAUGAAGAAGAGGAGGAGGAAGAGGAGGAUUCAGAGGAGGAGAGGAAGGUUGAAGUUAAAGGAGAUGAGGAAGGCCCCUCAGCUGGGGAUGUCUUUGCUCUGGAAAUGGAGCUUAACCGAGAGAACAAGAAGAUGAUGAAGGAGAGACGUAACCGCAGCAAGCUGCCCCGGGCCCUAAGGGGCCUCAUGGGAGAAGCCAACAUCCGUUACGCCCGCGGAGACAAGGAGGACGCCGUCCUGAUGUGUAUGGAGAUCAUCAGACAGGCCCCCCUGGCCUACGAGCCCUUCUCCACCCUGGCUAUGAUCUAUGAAGACCAGGGGGACAUGGAGAAGUCUCUACAGUUUGGCCUGAUCGCUGCCCAUCUCAACCCCAGCGACUGUGAGGAGUGGGUCAAGCUGGCCGACAUGUCUCUGGAGCAGGACAACAUCAGGCAGGCCAUCAUCUGCUACACCAAAGCCAUUAAGUAUGACCCCAGUAAUGUGCGCUACCUAUGGGAACGUUGCAGCCUGUAUGAGCAGGUGGGGGAACACAAGCAGUCCAUGGACGGGUACCGCCGUAUCCUCAACCUACUGCCCCCUAGUGACGGAGAGCACUUCAUGCAGCUGUCACGAGACAUGGCCAAAAGCUACUAUGAGAGUAGUGACCUGCCGUCAGCCAUGGGGGUGAUGGAGGAGGCCCUGAGGAGACACCCAGAGCUGGUGACAGACGAGAGCAUCAACAUGGCUGCUGAGCUCUACAUCGCCAACCACGAACACGGCAAGGCUCUUCAGGUUCUAGUCCAGUUCUGCGGGAUCGUCCUGGAGAGAGGAGAACUUAAGCCAGACCUUGCAGAGGAGGAGAACCCAGAGGAGCAGGAGAAGAUGGAAUCAGAGGAGGAGCAGAAGAAGAUGGAAGCAGAGGAGGAGAACCCAGAGGAGGAACAGGAGAAGAUGGAAUCAGAGGAGCAGAAGAAGAUGGAAGCAGAGGAGAACCCAGAGGAGGAACAGAAGAAGAUGGAAGCAGAGGAGGAGAACCCAGAGGAGGAGCAGAAGAAGAUGGAAGCAGAGGAGGAGAACCCAGAGGAGGAGCAGAAGAUGAAAACAGCGACAACAGAGGAGCCUGGUGAGACUGGAGGGGAGGUUAGACAGGUGGUAGUUCCAGACCAUGUACCAGUGGACAUCAGAGUGAAACUCAUGGUCUGUCUGAUCCACCAGCAUGUUUACAGACCUCUGGAUUCCAUGUUGACGUCUCUGAUGGAGCAGAGCCCAGAGGAGCUGGGGGAUCUGUACCUGGACGUGGCUGAGGCCUUCCUGGACGAGGGAGAGUACAACUCAGCCCUGCCUCUCCUCUCUGCCCUGGUCUGCUCUGAGAGAUACAACCUGGCUGUUGUCUGGCUCCGACACGCUGAGUGUCUGAAGGCGCUGGGCCACAUGGAGGUAGCAGUGACGAGUUACAACAAGGUAGUACAGAUGGCUCCUCUUCACCUGGAGGCCAGGCUGUGUCUGUCUACUCUGCAGCAGCAGCUGGGUCGACCUCUCUGUGCCCUCAAGGCCCUGGAGCCCAUGUACGACCCAGACACACUGGCACAGGACGCCUCCGCAGCACAGCAGGAGUUGAAGCUGCUGCUGCACCGCUCUACUCUGCUGCGUUCCCAAGGCCGACUGGAUGACUACCUGGAUACCAUGCUGACCAUGCUGGCUAUGCUGCUGAAGGUGGCUAUGACGCGGGCACAGGUGUGUGUCAGAGCCAGCAUGUGGUCGGGGGUCAGACACCUGCGUCUGGUCAAGGUGUCUAAGGACCUGGUGUCAGACAUCGGUGACCAGGAGGCAGCCUACCAGGACAUCAGUGGUAAGACCAGUGUGUUGUCCCGGGAGGACUGGUGGUUACUGUUGGUGAGGUGUGUGUGUACGCUGUGUGAGAUGAAGCGUUUUAAAGAGGCAGAGCUGCUGGUGGAUUCUUCUCUGGAGUUCUACUCCUUCUAUGACGUCAAGGUGAAGAGGAAAGAGCUGGAGUUCUUUGGUCUGUCGGCUGCUUUCCUGGACCAUAACUACCGCAAGGCCUACGAUUACAUCAGGCUGACGCUGAUGGAGAAGCAGGAGUGGCCCAUGCUGUGGAAUGUAUUCAACCAGGUGACCCUUCACUCCCAGGACGUGCGUCAUCAUCGGUUCUGUCUGCGUCUGAUGAUGAAGAACCCAGACAACCACGCCCUGUGUGUUCUCAGUGGACACAACGCACUGGUGUCUGGCAGCUUCAAACACGCACUCGGUCAGUACGUUCAGGCGUUCAGGGCUAAGCCAGAUGAACCUCUGUACAGUCUGUGUGUUGGCCUCACCUUCUUCCACAUGGCGUCUCAGAAGUUUGUGGUUAAACGCCACCCGCUGAUACUGCAGGGCUUCUCGUUCCUGUGGCGUUACGUGGAGCAGCGUGGGCACUGCCAGGAAAGCAUGUACAACCUGGGACGGGCCCUGCAGCAGAUGGGCCUGGCACACCUCGCCAUUCACUAUUACCACAAGGCUCUCAGCUUCCCUCCUCUUACACUAGAGGGUAUUGAGGCUGACCAGGUAGACCUGCGUAGAGAGAUAGCCUUCAACCUGUCAAUCAUCUACCAGGCCAGUGGAAACACUGAGAUGGUACGGCACCUCAUCAACACAUACUGCACGGUGUAACGGCCUAUCAUGUCCUCCUAUACUGCACGUUGUAACGGGCUGUCAGUUCCUCCUAUACUGCACGGUGUAACGGCCUAUCAGGUCCUCCUAUACUGCACGGUGUAACGGCCUAUCAGGUCCUCCUAUACUGCACGGUGUAACGGCCUAUCAGGUCCUCCUAUACUGCACGGUGUAACGGCCUAUCAGGUCCUCCUAUACUGAACUGUGUAAUGACCUAUCAGGUCCUCAAUACUAUACUGUAUAGUGACCUAUCAGGUCCUCUAUACUGCAUGGUAUAACAGCCUAUCAGGUCCUCAAUACUGAACUGUAUAGUGACCUAUCAGGUCCUCUAUACUGCAUGGUAUAACAGCCUAUCAGGUCCUAUGUGAUGUGUAUUAGGAGACAUAAUUGAUGGUAUAAGAUAGUGUUUCCCCAAGUAUUUUCUUCAGCAGCGGUGACCAAGUUAGUGUAGUGGGUGUGGCCAAUGGCACGGUCUCCGACCGAAAAUGAGCAGAGACAUUUUGGUGUUUUUAAAGCAAAUUUUCUGCAAUUCUACACAUUUUGUCAUGGUGCUAAGAGAAAAAUGCUCACUUUAAAAACAAAUGUCCUGCAAUUCUACACAUUUUGCCAUGGCUUAUGCCGUGUUCUUCUGCCUUGUUCUUAUGCUGUCUGAAUGACUCAAACAUUAUAACAGAAUCAAUGGGGGCCCCGUGACAUGAUAUUUUAGGGGAACUUUUUAUUCUCCCUGACUAGUUUUUAUUUUGGUGAUUCUUUUUUUUGUUCUCAAAGAUACUCUUAAUAAAAAAUCUAUCACUCCAUGAGCUUUUCUACAUAGAAAAAAUAUAUAUGUUUUUUGGGGAGAGUGGCAGCAAGUCAUAUUUUUGGGAGUGGCAGCAACGAUGUGGUGUGCCGCCACUGCUAAAUUAGUAUAGGGGAAACACUGUGAUGUCAUAUGAUGUCCUGACCUAUACCAUAGGAAUACUAUUACACUGUAUCAUGUAUAGGAAGUCAUAUUUACCAUAGGAAUACUAUUACACUGUAUAGGAAAUCAUAUUUACCACAGGGAAUACUAGAUGUAUCCAGGGGUCACAUUUAAAAUCACCCCAGUCACUUACUCCCUGUUCCACAGCCUUGCUAAAAAACUGUCUAAAGAUGUAAAAAGGUAAACAUGUUUUGUAUAUAUUGUUGUCAACAACACCUUAUGUUAACUCUAACUUGUGUACAUAGAUUUUGUAGAAAAAUUUAUUUGAAUACACUGAAAUAAAAUAAAAAAUAU